GCCGGACGGCUCCAACUGCUGCUAAGAGCUAUCAUACACUUCGACUACGGUGUACAGGAGCGACAACAUAUGUCUUGCCGGUGCUCCACAUAGACCUCGAUAUUUUGACUAGACAUUCACGCUUCCAGCUGGUCUUUGGGGUUUCUCCCAUUCCGCACCUCCAACUUGGGGGGUGCGUUCUUCAUCAUGGUGUACGACUGGGAUGGAAAGCGAGAAAUAUGCUAUCAGAUGUAUAUUAAAGAUAAGAAAGCUUUGGAGGAAAUUAUGGAAUACAUGAGAAAUGUAUACCAGUUUUCUCCAAGUAAGCGUGCUUUCCAAACACAGUUCAAGCGAUGGGGGUUUCCUUCAAAGCAAAAUCCAGCACAUAAGAACCUGGAGCUUGUUGCACGCGUGAAACAGCUCUGGGAAACGAAUACGAGCCAACGUGACAUGCUUCGGGUACUCAAUGAGGAAGGAUUUGAGAUUAAAGAGCGGGAAUUGAUGCGGGUGCGCGCCAAAAACCGCUGGCUACUCCGAGUUCCGAAUGGCAUGAAAUCACAGCAAACAGCGCCAAAUCCUAUCCAAUUACCGGAAGAUGAAGGCUUACUUGCAUUACAGCAGGAGGUGUACAAAACCCCGGGAUCGUUUAACGAGGCAGAUGCUCUCCAAUCCGGAACAGCGCUUUCACACCUCCCGUCGCCGGGGUUAUCACCUGAAGUUCUAGCAAAACGGAAGGAGCGACUUGAGCGACUGAAGGAAGAGAGUGCAGAGCGAUGGGCCUCUAGAAAGCGUCGUCGUCGUACUCGGGGAUGGGCUGGGCUACCGGCCGAUCCUCCGGGGCCUCCACGGUUUCCUUCUGAAACAACUAUCGAUGAAAGCAAAAAGUACCUCAACCUCGACAGUGUUUCCUAUCGCCAGAUUAGAGAUCAGUUUCAGAAGAUCUGCGAGGAGGCUGGCUUUAUUAAAAAAACUGUUGCUGGGCCAGAGCGGUGGCAAGAAGCGAAAAACAAACUGAUACAGGAAUCACAACAUCUUCAGCAGGUCUUUUGGGAGGACCCCACUCAACUCGAAGCUAAGUCUCUUGCCUUGGACGUUGUGUGCACGGAUGUCACAAAGCGCAUGAGAACUCUGGAAAGGCGAAUGACUAUCGCCGAGGCUAAGAACGCACUUGGAAUUAAUCCGGAGGAGAGCCGCCAGAUUCGGAACGCGUUUUAUAAUACCCUCAAAUUGGAUCAUUUUACGAGUAAGUUGGAAGCCGGUGAUGAGCACUGGAAAGAGCUGAAGGAACAGUGGAUUCGGGAAUCCGAGCUAUUGCAACAAAUCCUUGCCCCUGGACCUGCCGACCCCGAACAUACUACGAAGUUAAAAGCCCUUGAGGUCUUGUGUCGCGAUGUUAUGAAAAGACUUCGCGAUGACCAAACAAAGAGAGAUCCUUCUCGUAAACGAUAUGUUGCUCCAUCUAAUGACCACGUUCCUAAUUCGGAGACUCCUGAUGUCCUUGGAUCCUUUAGCAAUGGCAUCGCGAAUGGGAUCAGCACGCUUGCCUCUCAAGCUCUUGCGAGUGCGCCCAUUACUGCCAGCGAUUUAGGUGACAUGCAGAUCGACCCCUCGUUGCUGCAGGCUGCCAACAACCCCUCCUUUACCGCAAAUACUCACCAUGAUUCUGGAAAUACGUUUGGAUAUGUGGACCCACUGCUGGGGUCUCACGUCUUCCCUAUCACUGUUUACCUUCGUGUUUGUCCUCAAGGCCAACCGCAUGAAGACGUUAAAACCUGGUCCGAUAAAUUGACGACAAGGUCCGUUAAUGAACUACGGCAGCUGGUUUCUGUCAAAGUUCCAGAUUGCAUUGCUACAAGAAUCGAGGGCGUGGACAAAGAUACGAAUGGAAAUGAUAUCUCCUUCGUUCUUGACGAGGACCAUGACCUUGAUGCAUAUUUAACCCACAUGCAAGGGAGGAAGGCAUGUUUUGCCUUUUACUUGAAUCAAGUCUGAAUAAAAGCUCGUUUGGAGAUAUCUUGAUCGGAAUCGACCAAAUUUGACAUGAUGCGAUUAAGCUACUGUAAUAUUGAAGACACACGACAGCCUGGUACUGCCAUAUAUACAUAUACACUCUAAUCAUGAUAUGAUUUCCAUGAAAGUCAAACCUUCGGGCCCUAAAUAGUGAGUAACUACUAUCGCUGCUAGUUAUUAGCUUCAUCUUGGGCAGGAAUUGACUGUCUACGC